AAUCCAGCAGAUACCUUCAUUUUGAAUUGGAAGUUUUCUUUCAAAAAAAUCGUGUUUUUUUCGUUUCGAUCAUAACCUGUUUUCGAAAAAAUGGUCCUGUCCUGAACGAAAGUAUUUGAGAUUCUGCGUCGAUCUAUAUUUUCAUGUAUUACACUGUUUCUGUCAAAAUCCAAGACUCUUUUUGAGGUUCUACUGAACAGUCACGUUUUUUCUAUAGAGUAACAAAAAUUUUUAAAUUCAACAAACAUUGGAGAAUAUUUGUUUACAACUUUCGACCAUAAAACCAACAGUUAAGCAAUACUUGAUAGAAACCACAUUCUAAAUUGAUGAUUAGAUACGAAGAUGAAGCAUACAUAAUUUUCAAUUUCUUGUGCUAGAAGUCUUGAAUUCUUGAUUACUUUGGAAUCUUAAUUUAAAUUCAUUUGUAGAUAUUUUUAAAAAUCAGAAUAGGUAUAAUAAUUCAGAUACGAAAACAUGAAUUCAAUAAUUUUGUACAUCUUGUGCGUUUCUUCAGUAAGAGUACUAUCAAAAAAAGCUUUACUUUUCAGCACAAAGAUUACAGUUGUUCUUGAGGACGUUUGUCGUAAAGAUGGCGAUAGGAUACUUUUCACAUAUUUAGCCGCGUGCCCUGCUUUUACCCAUCAAGAGAGGCAAUUCAACCAAGAUGUCUCUCUUACCCAACGAAGCGUAUUCUCAAGACGGAUUUUUGCAAAAAAUGGAUCCUUCAAAAAUAUUGAUACGGAUUUUUGUGAGAAGUCAUUCAAACCUGCCAUGCUUUAUGAUAGAUGCGAAAAACAGUACGAAAUCGGAUAUGAGGUUUAUUAUAAUGAUGGAGAAAUUCCACACGAAUGGUACAGUGCCAAUAGAAAAGACAAGUAUUAUUGUUUAAAAUCGGUGAAUACAAAAAAACCCAAGCAUAAAAUAAUUGAGAAUCGAACAAUAGCUAUCACUACAUCUGAACUUGUGGAUAGACAUGAAGACAAUAUGAAUGUGAAAUUCAAUUUCAAGAAUGGAUCUCGGACACUGGCUUUUUAUUGGAUAAACGUACUGUCUAUAAAACGCUGUAAAAAUAAGAAAAAAGUCCACUUGAAAGAUUCUUACAUGAAACGUUCAUCUCAAGAUAACGAACUAUCAAAUUUCCAAGAUAAAUGCGAAAAUUAUCAGCAAAAUGUUGACAACGUGUAUUUAAAGAAAAAUCAGAAAAAUUUGCUGAAAGAUGUUUUAGCACCUUCGUCUUUAUUUGAAGGAAAUCCUGAUCUGUCAUGUGGUCAACCUUACGGCUGUUUAACACCAUCACAAAUCAUACCACUAUGGUUUUUCAGCAAGAACUCAGCCAGGCUAGCCAGUUGCUCGCAUAUGAACGUAAUUCCAGUUUGGAAAAGUAUCGCGGAUAAUAACUUGAAAAAAGUCGACCUCUUCCUAGUUGCAACAUACAAGUGUAGCAAUAAAUGCGAUGUAGUUUUUGGUACUUCUGGCGUGUUGAAAAUGAAAAUAUCAUCUUUCCCCAAUGUAACCAGAAAAAUGUAUUUGUCAAAUGCGAAACGUGAUCGAAUUGUGGAAAUUCCAAGAAUUAUAUACAGAGUCGUUCGAGUCGAUUUGAAGUGGCAAUACACCGACGAAUUUAUUUACGCAUACGCCGCCAUCAUACUCCAUAAUGAUCCCACUGCAGUGCCGGAUACAGAUAGACUUUGCAACAAAAGCGAUGCUCCAACAGGAUGGGAAAAAAUAUUCAAUGAUGAUCCGAGAACUGGAUUAACUUACGUUUGUCCUAUGACAGAAGCUCUUAACAAUAAAUUAGGCGCUUUCGACAGCGUUCAAAAAUAUGAAACACACCCCUUGAAUAUGAAUGCAGUCGGUUAUAUUAAAUUUUUUGAAGGAGACGACUCCUUCAUAGAUGAAGCGGAAGGAAUUAACUCAUACUUCGAGCAUUUACUCAAAAAUAACUCCUUGAAUUUGGAAACAGUCAGUUAAUAUGUUAAUAUGUACUAAAGGAGUCGACUAAGUACGUAAGAGGAAGUAUAAGACAUUCACCCAUACUUUGAAAAUAUUCCACCUGAGUGAUGCAUAGCUUCAUUUUUAAUUGGUUACUGAACAUCUGCCUACCACUGAAAUAGAAACUUGUUGAAAAGCAGCAUUUUUUUGAACUUUUUGCCAAUGA